AUUUAUUUACUUUUUAGAGCCCGCUAAAAGGCUAACAUGGAAGCACUGCACACAAUGAAAUACCAAAGCCCCACCUGCUCACAACAUCGAAUGUGACCGCACAGCUUACCAGUGACAAUCAAAUUCGCUGAUUGCAACACGAAGUGAUAACGGUGGCGACCCAGUGAGACCGGCCCGAGCUGCGCGCUCGCCAGCUGGUGCCGGAGGCUACCGCCACAGCGCCGUAGCCUUCCCCUUGAGCCGGGCGGCCGGCGUCAGCCCGCUACACGCCGCUCGCUGCAGGUCGGCGACCCAGACCCUGGCCGUGGUGGCCGCAGCCGCAUUCCGAGCGGAGCGCAGCGCCGUCUCAGCCACGCCGCACGCCCUGCACAGCCGCUGCAGCGGUGCCGCCGCACUACUCCACCAGCUCACGUCACACCUGUCAAAUUCUCGUCCUGACCGCGCAGUAAAUGUCCCCGACGAAAAGCUCAGAGCGAGGGAACCACUGGGAAACGCAAGUGGGGAAUCUUCUAAAAUCUAGAGGCAGCGAAAGAAUGAGGUCCAUCCCGUUUUGAUUCUCCUUUACGGAUAUCCCCACAUAAGCUUCUCUUCAUCACCUGAGGCGAAUGCUGGGUUGGUUCCCUCAGAAAUGAUUCACUUCUUCGCUCCCUAAAAAGAAUAGGUGCACCCUGUAACUGGGCUACACCGACGUUGUAAUGAACUCAGUUUCGUCAGUACAUCCAAGACCCAUAACAACAAGCUACCACACAAACUACAUUUCAUCAAAGCAAAAAGCUUAACUAUGAUUACAUAUACACACUUUUUUGUUGGUAAGCAUUUUAAAUAAUUUUGCUAUCAAGUAAGAGGAAUUAGCCUUGCGUACGCUUUCAGUAAAAUGUACGCUCUCGAGCAUUCGCUCAAACCCUUAUUGCAAACGUAAGAAGAAAAUGCUCACAACUUUCAUUAGUUGGUUCUAUAUUGCAACAGCACUAAAAUCUCUCUUUAUAACAACAGAAUGAACUAACGACAAUUGUUGGUACGUCUCCAAAAUAAUGUUAUCGUCACGUUUAACGCGCUAUGUAUCUAAAGAUGCUUAUACUCUUGGGUUGAAUGAAAUUUUUUUUCACCUUAUUGGCUUUUAUGAGUUGCCCAUUGAGCCAGUUCAAUGGCGGAUGUCAUUUAUGACAAUACUAUCGUAAGGACAAUACAAUACCCAGUCCCAGAACGGAGAAAAUUUCCCGACCAGUAGGGAACAGAACCUAGGCCUCAUCGCCUGGCAAUCUGCCCCUCUGACCGUGCAGCUGCGGAGGUGGGUGAAAUAACCACUAAUACAAUUAUAUCAUAGUAAACAGCUCACAUCUUCAUGGGGUGGACACGUAAUUCCAGACUUCAUGGUUCAGACGACAUAGCUUUACUUCGCUUCCUCGGAGUAACAUAUUCCAACUCACAGUUUGUUCAACGACACAAGUGGCUCACCGCCUUUGUGUGGGGAUAAGCUGCUUCCGCUUCUUUCGUAAUUGCCUUACCGCCCCUCUCUAAACGAAAUAUGUGUCAAAUUCCUGCAGAAAAAGUCCUCGCUGUCUGAGGGUUGAACUAUCACUGAAACUAAAAUUAUGAAUAAAAGUGUUCUAGAUCUACUCUGUAAGUAAUAAAUUUAUAUUUACCAGUCUUAACAUAAGUAUAUGGAAAUGUAGAAAAAAAAUCAGAAACGUGACUUUUGUUACAGGUCAGAUAUUCACUACGUAGUCCAGAGCCUAAACAACACCAGCCAACGCAGAGGUCCCUCUAGCUGCCAAUUUUUGCCGAAAUACGCAGAGUACACCUCUGAGAAACGCGUACUUCGUGGCCAGUACUACUGGUUCUGAGAGGAACGAUUACGACGCAGGUGUUACAGUGUGCGUGGAUAAAGAGCGGUUCCUGUCAAGCCGUCACCCACUGAGUGGUUAUCACUCAAGAAGAGGCAGCCGGGUAUAGGGGAUUCACUCACUCAACGAGCUGCAGAGGUGGAGAAACCUGGUUACUGGUAGACUGCGCAACCCGUGACAUCUGUUGACCGCAAGAAAGAUACCGGUCUACCUUGAAGGCAACUUACAGGUUACCGGAGCCGUCGACCACACGCGGCUGCGUGCAGAUAAUGUGCUAAGUGUCUCAUCCUUCAAGUGGAAAAGAAUUAACAAUGGAUCCCCUCGUCUUCAUCAUCUGUCUUCUUCAAGCGUGCGCGGCGCAGGGCCCGGUCUACGUGAACCCCGGCUCCGGGGGCGGCCAGCCAGCUGCCGUGCAGAGCACGGGUUCGGCGCCACUGGUCACCCAGACGGUGUACGGCUUCCUCGACUUCACGACCACGAUCGGCAACACCGUCAUGAUCUUCUCGCCGCAGAGCGCCCCGCCGGCAGGAGCUGCGCCGAGCCCGAAAUCGACCACGAAGACGACUGUGAUCGAGACUCGACCGCCGACCACCAGCAGCGCAGCACCGCCAGCGGCUAUCAAGCCCAGCAAGACUGUCUCCAGCGACCCCACGUCUGACAAGAAGGCCCGGCCCGCAUCCAACGUGGAGGUGCGCGUCGGCGCUCCGGCCACUGUCGUCUUCUCCAGCGUGGUAGAAGUGCGCAAGCCGGCCGCCUCCAGCAAGGUGCAGGUGCUGACCGGGCCGGCCUCCAGCGAGGUCCACGUCCAGAACAGGCCGCCCUCCAGCGUCGUCCACAUCGUCAAGGCGCCGGUGAGCAAGGUGGAGGUCCGCGGCCCCGCGCCGAGCGCCAGCCCUGUGCCGAGGCCCAAAUCGGCGCCCUCGAGCGUGGUAGAGGUGCGCGGCGGCGCCUCCAGCGUCGUCUUCUCGCCCGCGUCGCGGCCGCCCCCGCAGCUGCUGUCCUCCGUGGUCGAGGUGUUCUCCAGCUCCUCCAGCGACGACGAGCCGGCGCUGCUGCUCGGCGACAACGCCCUAGAGCCCGAGUACGACUUCCUUUCCAGGCAGCCCUCGGAGGUCGUCGACGAGACCUAUAAGGUGAUCAACUUGAAGCCGAGCAGCAAGUUCCACCUGAAGGGACGCCAGUCGUCGAGCGUGCACCCGAACCACAAGUCGUCGAGCAAGCACGUGCUCGUCAGCUCGACGCGGCCUGGCUCGUCGCCCAAGGUGCGGCCGACGCCCGCUUCGUCCUCUGCGCGCAUCCUCAAGACGGCGGCGCCGCGUCCGCGCCCUCAGGCGCAGCAGCUGGAGCCGACGCCUGUGGCCGGCACGCUGGCCGACGAGACGGCCGCCCUGCCCCUGGAGGCGCUCUUCAGCUCGGCGCCGGGCCUCACCCGCAACCAGCGCCGGCCGGCGGUGAGCGGCGGCAGCGGCAGCCGCAACGGCAACAGCAACAACCGCCAGCACCACCGGCCGGGCAAGCACGACGAGGCCGCCGACGAGGCGCACGUCGCCCCCAGCGCCGCCCACGGCAGCCACGGCAAGCACGCCAAGAAGCACUCCUCCGCGCGCCAGCAGGCCGCCAGCGCGGUCAGGCCCACAUCCACCCAGAGGUCCGGCUUCCGCUCCACCAAGACAGGGUCGGGCAACAGCCGCUACUCCAGGCCCGAGGUGUCGACCGUGUCGGUGGUGCACGAGACCAGCACAGUGGCGGCGGGGCGCCGCGGGCAGAACCGCGACGCGGGGGCGGCAGCCGCCCCCAACACACGCCGCUUCCGGCCGUCGAGCGCCGCCGCGCAGCCGCAGCCCGCCCCCACCACCGCCCCCGAGCCGCCCACGCGCAGGACCUCCGGCGGCUCCGGCUACAAGGCCAGGAUUCAGGCGUCCUCCGCGGCAGAGCACGCCUCCGCCGGCACCAGCGUGUACAAGUUCAAGCUGAACCGGCCGAGCGGCCGCUGGCAGUACAAGACGACGCCCAAGCCUCGCGUCACCAUCCGGCGCGGCCAGCAGGAGGACGAGGAGAACGGCGUGGCCGCCACCACGCCACAGCCGCCCAGCGCCGCCUCCGCAGCGCAGCAGCAGCAACCACAGUUCGCCCCCGCCGCCACCCCGCAGCUGCCGCAGCUGCAGCCCGAGCCGCAGGCACUCUCGAGGGCCGACACCGACGCCGACCACGACCUGGAAGGACCGUUGCCCCAGGGCGAGACGGAGCAGCAGCUGGCGUCUGAGGACAGGGCGACACUGGUCUCCAACCCAGACGGAGAGGCCUCCCCACCGGUCGCCGAGACCAUCAAAGUCGAGAUUUCCACUCCCGCCGACUUCAAGGACGUCUACUACGAGAUAGCCACCAUCAAAUCGCCGUACACAUUCCAGGUGGGCACGGUGCGCAACACGCGCUUCAUCACGGUGACGUCGACUUUCGAGCGCCUGCUGGAGCCCAGCAAGACGGAGGCGCCCGGCUCUGCGCCUGGAGGCGUGCCGACGGCGGCGCCCGCCCCCGCGCCGGAGAACAUCCUCUCGCUGGAGGGCAGCCUGCCGCUGGAGGCGGGCAUGGCCACGCUGCCCGUGCUGACGCUGUCGCCAGGCACCGAGACGCCACCGCUGCACACCACCACCGAGACCUUCAGCACGACCACGCUGCUGCUCAAGACGCACGUCCUGCCCAUCGUCGCCCCUGCCGGCAACACCACCAGCAGGUACACGCUGGUGCAGUCGUACCAGGUGACGCGCCACGUGACUGCGACUCGCACGCUGCCGCCGACGCACCUCUUCCAGUUCGAGGCGAGCCGCGCGCUCACCGACCUGAGCUCGCACCUGGAGGAGGCGGGCUCCGAGCUGCACCUCGAGCUGGACUUGUCCGACAGCCACCAGCAGGAGGGACAGCCGGGCCGCGAGGACCACGCGCGGCCCAAGAAGGCGCCCGCGCCUGCGCUGCUGCUCGACGCCGCCAACAACCAACAGCUGCAGCCGCUGCCGACGCCGCCCCCGCAGCCGCAGCUGACCCCGGAGCAGCUGCAGCAGCUGGCUCUGCUGCGAUACCUCAACCCCGGUGCGGCGGCGGCGCUGCCGCAGGUGGUGACCACGUCGCGGCCCGUCCUGCGCAUCGAAACGAUCUUCGACUCGCACGUGGUGCCCGUGUACGACGGCCAGAGCACCGUCUUCAGCACGAUCCGCCGGCCCGUGGCCACCGUCAGCAAGACCGAGUUCGAGUACGGCACCGCCACGGUGGCGCCCCAAGCGCCGGCGCCGCAGCCGCCGCUCAACCCGCUCAACCCUCUGGCGCCUUUCAACCCGCUUAACCCGCUGCAGCCACAACAACAGUUCGCAGUCACCUCGACGCCAGUUGUCACGCAAACGGUGGUCACCGAGACGGAGAGCAAGAUCCUGAAACUGACGUUCGGCGCAAAGACGGCGUACACGACCCUGACGUCGACGCGCGUCGUGCCGACGCUGCUGACGACGUACGUGACGACGUCCGUUCCCGUGCAGGCAACGGCGCCGCCGGCCGCCGCUUUCCCGGGAUUCUUCCCGUCGCCGUACGCGCAGUUCCCGUUCGUCGGCUGAGCGCGUCGCCCGAGCGGGGGCGAAAUCGGCGCCCGAUGCCUGAAGCGGCUCUUCGAGUCGCCGCUACACUCGUCGCAUCGCAGGACACAUCACGCAGACGGCCACCGCGACACACAGCGCUUGCUCAAAAGACGUGCCGUCACAUCGCUGCAUCCCUCUCACUGUGUCGCGGUCGACUGAUGUGUCUGCGAAGACGGACAUUCAACAGUGUACGCUUUCUGUCAACCCGAAAUACGUCCGCAGUUACCUGUUCAACCUCACUCUACCGUGCUCAGCCAGUGCUCUCGCUCCGCACAACCAUACGUUCGAACGAUAAACGUUAUCGCUGCGUACCAAACCAAAUGUGAGUUAGGUUGUGAAGCAAUGAAUCUUCACCAUCGAAUCAUAAGUACUUUCUUCACUUGAGUGUCAUCGGUGGACACAGAUGCUCUUCAGUUUCUGUGCUCCGAAACUUACACGGUGAACGUGUUUAUGAGUGUAUAUACAAGUGAUAUGAACUUCCUUCUUGUGGAUCUUAGGUAACAUUUAAGAUCACGCUACAAGUCACGUGGUUUUAUAACCUCCAGUCUUAGUGACAAUUUGGGGUGAAGUCCGUAAAUUGUCAAAGUAGUUGUAAAUCCACAAAUACUUUAUAAAUCUACAGUAUUGUGCUGAUAACGCUAUGAACCAACUAAUUUAGGCUGGAAACGCCUGUGUGGGAUUAAAAGUGGUAUUAUACUUGGUAGUCGUAGUCAUAAACCGCAACAACAGUGAACUUAGUAGCAAAGAGGCAGUUAUUUGCCACAGUUGCUGCAGACGAAUGUUAUCGUCAGCUGUGGGAAAUAUGACAGUGCCUACGUGAAAAGUUUGUGCUCUAAAUAUUGUCACUUUGUCGUACCACAUGACGUUGUGAGUAAAGGACAUCAAAAUCGGUCUUAAACCAUUACCACCUCUGUGCUGUCGUUAGUGAUGGAUCUGAAAUUCCCAAAUAAUCUGUCUCCCACAGCUGUAGUGCACCAUGUGUCUCGUUCAUGCUUUCUAAGACAGAUAUAUUGAAAAGUAUGGUCACAAUUAUAGAAAUAUUGAGUGCUAGCACGUAAUAUGUACUCCCAUGCUGAGUAGGUUCAUUGGGAAAUGUCAAUAAUAGAGGUCCAGUGUAGAAAAAGGCUAAUCAAUUUGUUACAGAAGGCUGAUAUUUACAAAUUGAAGUAAGGUUACACCUGUGGCCUUGAUACUACGAAUAUUUUGGGAAAAGGCUAAAAUAUUGUAUUGUGGGGCUGCAAUCGUUUGAGUCUGCACUCUACCAUUGAUUGGUUUCAGUGGGAAAUACCAGAGUGCCAGAUGCCAGCAACUUGGUAUGUAAGUACUUCCGUUGCUUUCAUGUAACGGAGAGGCCUACAAGGUGAACGUGCUGCGGGAUAAUGCCAGGUUAACGGGCCGGUCGACAGUUCACGUCAGAACUCCGCCGCUCGCGAGGGUGGGGCAGCGCGCGGCGAAUAGGCACGUCCUCACCUUGAACGGGCGGAACAAGUGAAAGACUGCUAGUUAUGUCGCGAAUUUUCAUCAGAAGAAAGUGGGACAAUGGCUCAUUUUCCUGGAGGUCAUUGCGAUGCAGUGUCCUUACUUGUGCUCGGUAUCCGUUAUCGGUCGCGAGACUCCUUCCACUUUCACGCGUCGAAAAAUUUUGGUGACCCCCGCCUAUUGUUUGGUUGACCGCGCGGCCGGAUGGAAGCGAUACCAUCUGCAGACAGGUCGCGGGACAAUCGGGGCGUGUGGACUGCGGCCGGCGGGAACCACUGGAGCAAGAAAUGGCACGCCGACCCGAGGCACGGCCCGGCCGGACCGCAUAACGGAUUUCCUUAAUCCGUGUUAGCGCUUUUUCGUGUUUGGGGGGGAGUGGAGACACAAUGCGAGCGCCGGAGAGCCGGUCGUCAGGCGGGGUGCUAAAGAGGCUGCCUCUCGGCGCCCGCAAAAAAGAGAGCGGCCACAAUGGUGCGACCCCAGACCUCAGGCGUGCUAACUACCGGCCAUUGUCGCGCUGCGGCCACUUCGUGCGCUGCGGGCAGCCGCAGAAGGGGCGAACAUGCGCCUUCCGCACCACCGCACAGUGGCACUGCGCGCCAUUCCGCCAGAUGGCUCUGCUGCUCCUAACGUUCCAAGACUCCAUACACCUGGUGACGUUUUUGUUCUUCUACUGUCAAGCGUUAGAACCUAUAUCCCGGUAUGGCUUUAUUACUGCUCCCCUUAGAGUGUCCUGUUUCCACCUCUUCUUAUUCUUCGUCUACUUUGUUUUAUUAUUACCACAACACUAGAUUAAUUAAUACAAAGCUCAAUUUAAAUAAUUUGGCUCAAUUUCUGUUACUUUCACCAUGCCUCUCUAUUUUGAGCGUUCAUCUUGGAUACGCUGCGGUGCUCUAUGGUAUUUCCAAAACGUCGAGAUCUGCUCCAUUUCCAUCUGGCAGAUGGUUUCCAUUCAAAAAAUCGAGACCGCUGGUCAAGCGUUCUCAACAAAUAAGUUUCACGAUUUUAGUUCAACUCCAUCUACCAUUCGUCCUGAUUCUAGUUCUUAUUCCGUCAUUAAUAUUUUUCUUCACAUUCUCGUGUUCCUUCGUAGAUAAUCAGUUUCCACAGCUAUUCACAACCCAUAGUUUUGAUCCACACUAUACGACGGACUCAACCAUUAGCCUAACAACUCUUUUUAUGUUGUUGUUGUAAAUAUUCUCUUUCCAGCAAAAAAGAGCUCACACACCUUAUUAUUUUUCUGGUUUGAUAUAUUCUCUAUUUUUACUUCUAUAUUACCCAAUCCUCUUUUGUCAAUGUAUGCUCCUAGAUAUUUAAUUUUUUCUAGUCGUCUCACAACUUCCCGUCAUUGAUGUGCACUUUAAAUCUAUUGUCACUAAUGACUACCAGAUACUUGGUCUUUGUUAGAGCGAUGUGUAGUUCCCAUUUGCCAUAUUCAUUAUAUGAACAGCGUAUCACAUUUAAAAGAUUGUAUUCAACGCGAGCUAGACUACUGAGGACACCCUGUACAUGAUCAACAUUGAUUCCCUUCCUCCUUAGCUAUUCUCUUGCUUCAGGAGAGUCAUUUCUACAUAUAAAUUGAACAAGACUGGUGACAUACAGUGACGCUGUCUCAAACCUUUUUCUCAUUAAUAAGUUUCUAUAACCUGCUGUGUUUUCAGAACUUGAUCAUCUAAAAAUGUAAAGGCCUAAGUAAAAAUUAUUCCUGUACUAAAAUUUUAACCAACACCUCGUCAAGAUGAAGACGAAAAAGAGUAGACGAAAAGCUACAUAAUUGCCUUAUUUUAUAGUUUUAUUUAUUUAUGUAAAUCGUCUUUUUGUGUAGCUAUAUGUAUACAGAUCUCUAAGUAUUGCUUCAACUUUGUUACAAAAACUUUCCGUGGCGGCUGGGCUGCUAAAGAUGUGGAUGGAUAUGCGUUUUGAACAAUAAUCUUCCUGUAUUACUUCCAGAAUCUAACAAAAACUACAUUACAGGAAAUUUUAGAAUAUCUUUGCUGGAUCCUGUAUGAACUAAUUUAAUAAGUCCAGAUUUUACCAGGGUAUAAAUGGUUGAACUUGUAUCAAUCUUCAAGUCGUGCUCUGGAGCAUUACUUAAUUUAGCUGCCCUCCAUACACUAUAGGCCCCUGUAUCUGACAGUAGUGAAGCUGAAUCUCCUCUUCUGUUCGCUGCUCUGUGAAAAAGCGUAUCAGGUGCUCUUAACAUACCAUACUCUGCUUUGUUACGGGAUCAUCACAAGUACUGCCAUCUAAUAGACCCGACCAACCCAAUCUGAGGGAUAUCAUCUGUGAACUUGAGAAAUGUAAUUUCGCACUGAACCACUUUUUUCCCAAUUGUUCAAGUGUCAUUUCCCUUUGAAUGCUGCACCUCUUUCGGAAUACCGACGGUCGCUGGAAAGCGAGCAGCGCCUCGGUGAGGUGUAGACCAGCCGUCUCCCCCGUCUAAUGAGCCAGACGUGACGCAAACAGCCGUCUGGGGCGCGGACAGCCGACCCGAAUUAAUGGUGCCUUCGCCGACAGGCUGUAAAUCGAGUCUCGGCAUCCAAAUUGUCUGGCGCAGGUGAGACCCCGCCAGUGCGAAAUGGCGCAUUCCCCUCCUCCGGCGAAGGGUGGGAGCUGAUUUCCUUAGCAAGCGAACAGGGUGUCUGCUUAACUGUUACUGUUCUUGCAUCGAUUUUUCCGUUGUUUCUCUUUCUUAGACGUUUGUUAAGGAACUUUUAUCACAGGAUUUCUGGCCACAUACUUCCAGGUUUCCCGAAAUGUCUGAGAUUAUUGUAAUAUCUAUUUCAUAAUGCAUCAGUUUAGAACACAGAAAGAAUAUAUAUGAGUCAUUUGGAGCGCUAAUUCAUUGUCCACUCAUUUUCGUGAUAAUAAUUGCAGAAGAAUUGAUUCAUCCCUCACGUCUUUUCACAAUUUUCUGUUAGAAGUUUCUGUCUUGUGCUAAUAUUUUCAGUCCUACAGACCUAUUAAACCUAGUAUUAUUUCUUUCCAGCACCUACUCAUUGUGUCAAUUAGUAAUUUCCUAUCCUUACCUAAUUUCUAACAUAAAUCCGUCACAUUACAUUUCUAAUGCUACCAUUUUCUUCUUGUCGCGUCUUCCAGUGGCUCACGUUUGAGCUAUGCGGAGAAAUGUAGAUGUAAAAGCCCACAUAUAAAACAUGUACACUGUUGUGUCAAACGAAACUUUCUUCAGCUUUGCCUGUCUGAGUUUAAAGUCUCUCUCUCUUCGACCUCGCUGCUUGAAUAGACAAGAGAAACUUCUCUCUCUCAUUUUAUUAUUUUACUUUUUAACUGCUUAGCCCUCAGUUGUAAUAUCAUUAUCUGCCAGUGUCCUUCUGACUACUCUUCACCGCACUGAUAUAUUUUAAACAAUUGACUCAUAUUCUACACUCAGUUUCUUAUUAGAAUGUUCCGCUAUGUGAACUGUAUUAGUAUAUUAAUUUUCAUAUUUAGAAGAAUACUUAUUUAUUUAUCUCGGCACAAAGUCGAGUUCCCUAUCAUGAUCAGUACUGUGGUAACUACAUAAUGAAUGUAAGUAGACAAAACCAUUUUAUCUGGGUAUUUACACUACCACGUACAGUAGCAAAGAACGGUUGAGUAUCCAGUCACUUAUUUUAGCAAGGGAACUUUAUCUUCUAAAGGUCUGGAAAAAUAGGUUUGAAUUCAAUUACUAUCAUCAUCGUCAUCUUCUGCACAUAUUAGACUUUGCUUACCCACAGAAAUUAGUCAACGUCCCUCCGUCUGGCUUCAUAUCGCCUUUUAUUGCUUUGUCCUGUUGAUUUUUAUUUGUAUAGUAUUUGUUGUAGUCCUCCAUCUUGCCAAUGUGAUCUUUCCAUUUACUUCUGUAUUCUGAACCUUUUUUCAUUGCAAGGCAUUAAUCGUAAUACUACUUUUAUUUCUGUAUUUCCCUUUCGAUAUUGGCAUGACUAUUCUUCUAUACAAUGUGAAAUCUCAUUUACAAAAUCCAAAUGAUAAGUGAAUGUUUUUGUCUUGUUUCUAGAUUUCGUUUCUCUGCAUAGCAGCUGGGUAUAGCAGCAUUUUGUAAAACCUUAGAAGUUUCUCUUUGCUUACUUUCUUUUUAACCUUUAUUUAAUAAUUUUCAAGAAAAAUUUCUCUGCCUUCCGUCGUAAAUUAAUUUCAUUCCAUGUGAUACAUUGGUCCUUAGUAUUUAGACUUUUGUUACUUGUUUGUUGCCGCUCCAUUUAUUACAAUUUUGGACCCGAUCUUGUUUCUCACGAAAGCCAUUACUAUUAUUUUCUUGUCAGAUUCCUGCGAGUUGCCUGAUACACAGCUUCGUUUGUAGUUCUAUGCUGGUAUUUAUAAAUUACUUUCACUGUUAAGAUUCUAGAUUAAGUAAAUUAAAUAUGUUAGCACGGGAUGUCUUAUUGGAGCUCAAUGUUAUUUCGUCAUUUUUCUACUGCUGUCCCUCAAAUUUACUUCAGUAGGUUAAUCAGAAAAGGACUGUUAGAAAGAUGAUAUUGAAUGGAAAGAAGAAACUUUGCUUAUCCUACUGACAACGAUAUUCGUUGUAGGAAACAAAACAUUAAGGCUGAAGAUACUAAUGUAAGUUACGUCCCUACCGCUCAAGGAAUCUCUUCCUAGCCGUAUUUAAGUAGGCAGAGCGAUAACUCCGCCCCUGUCCUGCAAAUUGCAUGAACAAGUAACGGGAAGAGGGGGAGGAACUCUUUGCAGCAGUCUUUCGAUUUGUCUCCGCUAGAGCGCCACAGUAGCUGCAUGGUUCCGAGCGGUGUCUGCCGCUGCCCCACCACACGUGGGGGCUGCCGCUUAUCCUUCCUGCGGAGCCAAUUUCGGGGCGGGGUGUGGCCUGGCGGAGUGUUGGGAGGUGGGGGUGCUACAGAUGAAAUAGCUCGGCGUUAAAGCCGUAACGCGGCCCCAGGGAUCGCUCCACGCUACGGCGGCACAGAGGCCUCAGGGCCGCUCAAAGGCAGAGCGUCAAGUCUCACGCCUUGCCUUGUUCACUCUCCUAUUCCAUUUAUUCACCUGCGUCAACAGAUGGAUAAAAAAGAAAGGUGCCGUUACUUUCAUCGGCCCCUGUACUCGUAACCAAAUCAAAUCGUAGCUUAGGGUAUUUCAUGAUAUUCUCUGUUACCAGUAUUCUGCCAAUGAGACUCUCGUACCAUCACCAUAUUUAUUUCUAAACCAUCAUGUACAUAGUAUUACUGUGUAACGUAUAAUGUGGACCACCCUCACUAGUAUAAUAAACGUAAUAAAUUAAAAAAAAAAGAAACGACUUGUAUGUGAUCGAACGUUAAAAGAAAUCAUUAGCUCAUAUUUCGAAUCAUUCGUGUGAAGUCUCUUGUGUUGAGAAAACGUAUAUAAAUGCACAACACUGCGAAUUACGUAUGGAAUGCUGUGUUGCAACCUGAACCAUAGUUGUGGAAUGUUCAUCUCAUUAUUCAACUGUAAAUAAUGUAUUUUUGUAAUAUACGUAAUAAAUCAGUAUUAGCAAUA